AUGGCUGUCCCAGUCCCUGUCGAGAAAAGCUUCGACAUCAAUGAACUCGAGCGUGCCGAUACCUCGAAGUCGGCUGAUUCUGACAAGCUGAACGAUGCCAGAAUCAACGCCUUCACUCCAGAAGAACAAAAGAAAAUCAUAUGGCGCAUCGACAGACGGCUCGUGCUCACAUUGGGCUUUCUCUACUGCGUGUCCUUGAUGGAUCGAACCAACACAGGGAUCGCUGUCGUUGCUGGAAUGGGAGUAGAUCUCGACCUCAUUUCAAACCGAUAUUCGAUUAUGGUGCUCGUAUUCUUUAUUACCUACGUUUUGCUGCAGCCUCCUGCUACCGUCGUCCUGCGGAAAAUUGGCCCUCGCAAGUUCUUGCCCACCAUCACCCUACUCUGGGGCAUGACGAUGUGUGCCGCCGGCUUUGUCAAGACUUGGACUCAGUUGACGGGUCUUCGAGUGAUUCUUGGUGUGUUUGAGGCUGGUUUCUUCCCAGGUUGUGCCUAUCUCCUUAGCUGCUGGUAUCCUCGCUACGAACUCCAGAAACGUAAUGCCGUCUUCUACCUCAUCGGAUCCAUGGCAUCCGCCUUCGCCGGUAUCCUUGCCUACGGCUUCUCCCAACUGAAGAACCACGGCUCUGGUCCGAAAUGGUGGGGUCAGCACUACGGUCCAACGGCAACAGAUCCUGAUGCGCCAUCGGGCAUUCUUCCUGGGAUUGCGGGUUGGAGAUGGAUCUUUAUCCUGCAAGGUACCCUCACCUGCGUCAUGGCCAUUGCCGCCUACGCUGUGAUCGUGGACUUCCCCGAGAAGGCCACACAAACGUUUGGUCUCAAGUUUCUGAAUCAAGCCGAAGUCGAUUUCGUGGUUGCCCGUAUCGAAAAGGACCGUCACGACGCAAUUCCCGAGGAAUUUAGAAUCGGCAUGUACCUCAAGAACGCUCUGGACUUGAAGGUCUGGGGGUUCGCCGCACUCUUCGGUCUGACGACGACGAAUACAUACGCUAUUGCGUAUUUCCUUCCGAUCAUUCUCAAUGACGGCAUGGGCUUUGAUGUCGCGGAAUCACAAUGCCUCAUUGCGCCCCCCUAUGUCUUGGCCGCGAUCGUCAUGUAUGCUUUCGCCUACCUGGGCGAUAAAUGGCACCUUAGAUCACCAUUCAUCCUCGCAAAUGGUUGCUUGCUUCUGAUUGGCCUCCCGCUUCUCGGCUACCUCGAGAACGUCCCUGUUCGCUACUUCGGCGUUUUCAUUGCCACGAGUGCGUGCAACGCAAAUGUUCCAUGUGUGCUCACUUGGCAAGCGAAUAACAUUCGUGGACAGUGGAAAAGAGCCCUCUGUUCGGCCACAUUGGUCGGCGCAGGAGGUAUUGGAGGUAUCAUAGGAAGUACGGUCUUCCGCGAGCAGGACAAGCCCAAUUACCACCCAGGCAUCCUCACCUGCAUGCUAUCAAGUGCACUGAUCAUCCUCAUUACCCUUGCUUUGGAUUUCAAGUUCUAUCGAGCCAACAAGAGAGUCGCUGCUGGCGGGAAGCCGAUCGAGGGCCUUGCGGGAUUCCGGUACACAUACUGA